GAUAAAAUAGUAAAAAAAAAAAAGAAGGCUUAUUAAAAAAGAAAGCUCGACACUUAAAGAAGAAGAAGAACAGCUCAACUCAGUUCCAUUUCAAUGGCGGCUACACUGCAAUUAUGCUAUGGGAAGACCUUCAAGAGGCCCUUUGCGGUUGCCCCACCUAACUCCGGCUACUCUCCCAAGCCUAACCCAAGUAGGAUCAUCAUGUGCUCUGCCUCCUCCCAAUCCAAGCGCCGUUACACCAUUACUUUGCUCCCUGGAGAUGGUAUUGGUCCAGAGAUUAUCUCUGUUGCUAAAAAUGUUCUUAACCUCACUGCUUCUCUCCAAGGGAUUGAUUUGAGUUUCCAAGAAAUGGCUGUGGGUGGAGUUGCCUUGGAUUUGACUGGUGUUCCAUUACCAGAAGAAACUCUCUCAAUGGCUAAGCAAUCUGAUGCUGUUCUUCUUGGAGCUAUUGGAGGGUACAAAUGGGAUGCAAAUGAAAAACAUUUGAAACCAGAAACUGGGUUACUUCAGCUAAGGGCAGGUCUUAAUGUUUUUGCAAAUUUGAGGCCAGCAACUGUUUUACCUCAGUUGGUGGAUGCUUCAACUUUGAAAAAGGAGGUCGCUGAAGGUGUUGACAUAAUGGUUGUAAGAGAACUUACUGGAGGUAUAUAUUUCGGAAAGCCAAGGGGUUUUGGCACAGAUGAAAAUGGUGAGGAGAUUGGAUUUAAUACUGAGGUGUAUGCAGGAUACGAGAUUGAUCGCAUUGCACGUGUUGCGUUUGAGACUGCUCGGAAAAGGCAGGGAAAACUUUGCUCUGUCGAUAAAGCAAACGUCUUAGAGGCUUCAAUGCUUUGGAGAAAACGAAUUACGGCCAUUUCAUCAGAGUAUCCUGAUGUUGAACUCUCACACAUGUAUGUUGAUAAUGCUGCAAUGCAGCUAGUUCGAUAUCCAAAACAGUUCGAUACAAUGGUGACAAACAACAUAUUUGGCGAUAUUCUAUCUGAUGAGGCUUCAAUGAUUACCGGAAGUAUUGGGAUGCUUCCAUCCGCUAGUCUUGGGGAAUCGGGACCCGGUCUUUUUGAACCUAUACACGGUUCAGCUCCCGAUAUUGCUGGACAGGAUAAGGCGAACCCAUUAGCGACCGUGCUAAGUGCUGCAAUGCUUUUGAGGUACGGUCUAGGAGAAGAAGAGGCUGCAAAGAGAAUCGAGGCUGCUGUUCUUGACACACUCGAUAGGGGUUUUCGAACGGGUGAUAUUUAUUCAUCUGGAACAAAACUGGUUGGAUGCAAAGAAAUGGGCGAAGAGGUAUUGAAAUCUGUAGAAUCGCGAGUUCCCGCUGCUCUAUGAGGCAGUGAAACGAGUUUAGCAUCGAGCAAGUUUUGGUUACAAGAUCAUGCUAGGAUUAUCUCUUAGUUCAUUCAUCCUUAUUUAGAAUAUAUUUCAAGUGAGUUGGAAAUUUGACUAUGUAAAAUUUCAUUGUCAUGCAGCAAAAGUGAGAUAAGUGAAAUGAAAUUCAUUGUUGUAUUAGACACUAAAUUUAAUAAUGUUUAUUAUUGGAUUUAAUAUGAGUAAA